AUGACCAGUCGUUCGUAUUCCUCGCACGCACUGGGUCCCGAACCAGCUGAUGGUCUUGUGCCGCCCACUCUAAGCUUUUCCAACCUCUCGACUACGCCGCCAACCCCACUGACACGAUUGCCUCUUGCAGGUUCGGAAUUCUCGACUUCUCACCACGGCAACUCGUCCAGCCGGCUACCAGGCGACCCUGGGGCCCAGUCAGGUGUGGCAGUCUCUUCCGGUCUCCAUGCUGGCCAGUCGCCCUCAUCACCCCCGUCGUUGUGUGUGCAGGCGUCGUUGCCGUCGGCUCAAGUGGCCGACAAGUCAGACGACGAGACGCCGUGGCAUUGUGCCAAAUGCACCUACCACAACUGUGGUCUCCUGCCACGGUGUGAGAUGUGUGACACAGUACGGCCGCCAUCCGCCAACAGGCCGGCAACUCUUGUUGCUACUGCUACUGCUGCUGCUGCUGCUGCUUCCACCAUUUCCAGUAGUAAUCGUAUGGCUGAAUUGUUAGUCUCGCCAUUGGUCGGCAGACUUGACAUUGGUGUGAAUGCCUCUAGCCAGCCGGCCCAAGUUGUUCUAGGCGAUCCUCAAGCAAAUGCAUAG